CUAACCUAAAAAAUUAAAAAAAUAUUUACAUUUUUGUAACUUUCCCUUUGAAGCUUUUGGAUAUUUUAUCGCAGGAUUAAUUGAAAAAUAACAAAAUGGGGAAGCGACAGCAUCAAAAAGACAAAAUGUAUUUAACGUAUACAGAAUGGACUACGUUAUAUGGUGGUAAAAAGUCAGGCACCCUAGCGAAAGAUGAACAAAAUUUCAAACGCUUACCUUUUGAUCAUUGCUGCUUAUCUUUGCAACCAUUUGAAGUGCCCUUCUGUGAUUUAGAUGGAAAUAUUUUUGACUUGGAUGCACUUAUCCCAUUUCUCAAGAAAUUUAAGAUUAAUCCGGUUACUGGAAAACCAUUAGAUUUUCACUCGUUAGUCCAGUUAAAUAUGAAGGUAGACAGCGAUGGAAAUUUUGAAUGCCCAGUAUUACUUAGAGCCUUUACUAAAAGUUCUCAUAUAGCAGCUAUUGCUACCACAGGAAAUGUUUAUUUGAUGGAAGCUAUCGAACAGUUAAAUAUAAAGAAUCGCAAUUGGAAAGACCUGAUUAACGAUAAGCCAUUUGAGAGGAAAGAUAUAAUUACUCUGCAAGAUCCUAAUAACAUAGCAAAAUUUAAUAUAUCACAGUUUCACCAUGUAAAGAAUAAUCUAAGGGUGGAAACAGAAGAUGAAAUUAAUGACAAAUUAAAUUCUCAAGCUAGAUUAAAAUCUAUUAACCCGGAGACGAGAGACACUUUGACACAAUUAGAGAAAGAAUACAAACCUCCAACAAUCGAAAUAAAUAAAACUGCAACAAAUCUGAAGGCCGAUAAGUUUAAUGCUGCUCAUUACUCUACUGGAGCCGUAGCAGCAAGUUUUACAUCAACAUCCAUGCAACCUAAUUUGGUUCAUGAGGCAGCAAUUAGACAUGAGGAUGAAGUACGAUAUGAAAGAGUAAAGAAAAAAGGAUAUGUUAGACUGGUUACAAAUUUAGGAAUGCUAAACUUAGAACUUUACUGCGACCAAGUACCAAAAACAUGUGAAAACUUCAUAAAGCAUUGUGAAAAUGGUUAUUACAAUGGAACAAAGUUCCACAGAUCCAUUCGAAAUUUUAUGAUUCAAGGAGGAGAUCCGACAAAUACUGGAAACGGAGGAACUUCUAUUUGGAAAAAGAAAUUUGAAGAUGAGUUUAGACCAAAUUUAAGUCACACAGGGCGGGGCGUACUGUCCAUGGCAAACUCCGGAAAGCAUACAAAUGGAUCUCAGUUUUUUAUUACGUUUAGAUCGUGCAAACAUUUGGAUAAUAAACAUACAGUAUUUGGAAAAGUUGUUGGAGGCAUAGAAACGUUGAACGAAAUGGAGAGAAUAGAAGUAGAUAAUAAAGACAGGCCGAUCGAAGAUAUUGUUUUACUUAAAACGCAAAUAUUCGUCAACCCUUAUGACGAAGCGGACGAAAUCCUUGCCAAAGAACGAGAGGAUGAAUUAAAUCGAGAGAAGAAAGAACAAGAAGAGAAAAAGAAGAAAAUGCUGCGAAACACGCCUUUGAAAGCGUUUAAGAGUGGUGUUGGAAAGUAUAUAAAUCCACAGCAGGUAGAAGAGGUCAAGAAGAGGCCAGAUACAGAAAUGGAUAAGCCUGACACACUAUCAAAAAAGAAAAAGACUUUCAAUUCUUUCAAUUUUAGUAAAUGGUAAAAUAUUAUGUUGUAGUAUUAUUUUAACUUAUAUUCUUUGUAUAAAUACCAUAUGAUCGAAAAAAAAACGGCGUCCCAUUGGAAAUGACGAUCGAUGACAUUCCCUACAUAAUUUUCCAUAUAAAAUGAGAGCGAUCUUCAUUUCGUAGCCAUCGCUGACGCCGUUUUUUUAGAUCGUAUGGUAGUAUAUUAGUUAUAUUAACGCUAUAAGUAGUAUUAACUUAACAAUUUCUUUAAAUUAAGUUUUUAAAAAUGUAUAUUAUAGUCUCACGAUACAAAGAAUACAAGGUAUAAUAUUGCGCAGGUU